UGUCGCGACAGCGGCACCACAGCCCCUCCCGGGGCACCGGGGGGCUGUCUCCCACCGCGCUAGGGGUGCCUCCUGGCGGGGGGACACUGGUGCGAGGCGAGGCGGGCCGAGGUGGAGGCCAGCCCCGUUGGCAUAUCGCGACAGUCCCGACGGGCGGAGGAGGUCCCGGUGGCGCCGGGAGCAGGGGCUUGGCGCAUGCGCGGGCUGAGGAGCGCCUUGAGCUCGCUUUGCUGAGGCCGAGGGACGCCUCGGGAAAAUCCAGACCUUUGCUUCCGUUUGGCAACUGCUGGGAUUCAGAGGGGGAAAAAUUUCAUCCUUAGUGUGGUCAGAAUCGUUAAUUUCCAACUCUUUCGCAGAGGCCAAAGUUUUCUUCCAAAACUGUAAAUUUCUGCCCUGGGUAGGCAGAAGAAGGUGGCUGAGAAAAUAUUUGCCGAAUUCGAAUAGAAAAAAAUCCUAAUCCCAAACCCGUGUAGUGAGGUGCUAUGUGCGAUGCUAACCACAUCUGCUGCCUUUAAUAAAGUUUUAUGUUAAAAAUUAAACCAUUUUGUUGGAAAAUGGGGCAUGUUCCACCUCAAAUCCCCAUUUUGAGUGACGCUCACUCUAAAAUCAGCACCAGCCUGGACAGAUAACCAAGAUUUUGUUGGGUAAAGCACUGAAAUGAUACAUUCAGGCGGUUUAACAAUCCCUUUUGCUCUGGUGUGCUCUGGGGUUCCAGGGUUAUCCCUGUGAAAUGUCCCGCUCGCUCUGAGGGAGGCAGCACAUCCUCAGGAACUGCAGCAGCUGCAGGAGGCUCGCUGCCCUCUCCUAGGAAAGGAUUAAGGAAAGAAGAGUCCAGGUAUAAAGUUGGGGAACUGCCCUGAGGGAAUUCCAUGGCUCUGACUAUCCUACAAUUCAGCAUCAGUGGUGUAGCUGCAGUUUUGGGUAUUGAAUGAACAUGGAAUCAUGGAAUUCUGGAAUGGUUUGGGUUGGAAGAGACCUUGAAGCUCAUCCACCCCCUGCCCUGGGCAGGGAUACUCUGCCAGGGAUGGGGCAGCCACAGCUUCCCUGGGCACCCUGUGCCAGGGCCUCAGCACCCUCACAGAGAAGGAUUUCUCCCCAAUAUCAAAGCAGUUCCCCCUUGUCCCUCAUCCAGUGACAGGAUGAGUGCUGGGAGCCCCCAGCCCCUGUACAGAGAGCUGAGAGGAGAGGAUCAGCUCCAGGAGACAUUUCAGAUCAGAGACACAUGAAUCACCUAAAAUCAUGUGCCUGUUCCCACUGUGUUCCCACACUGGACACCUCAAUUAGCUGCCUGGAGUUAGGGGGAAUUAAUUUGGGCCUAAACUCUGAGGUGAAGAGGACGCUGAGCUCAGGAAUCCAGGGAUAAGGAUGGCGGUGUGACAAUGAGGAGCUGUCCCUGAGGAGACAGAUGAAAUGGCCUUUCACAGGUUUUACUCUCCCUGGAACAGAAAUCCCGACUGUGCAAUUCCUCACGUGUCUGAGAGAGGCCGAGAAUAUUAAUGAGGAACUCAACAGGUGCCUUAGUAGGAAGAACAUCAGAGAUUGUAUCCUUUCUGUACCACUGCUCCCUCCAUGCAAGACUCCUGGAGAAGACUGCCUCAAGUGGAUUCCUGUCUUCUGUCCAGUAACUCUGCUCAGUGCUGGAUCCUGCUCUAUGUAAAUGGGGUUUAUUACAUCUUCUACUUCUUGGCAACUCUUGCAAUGAUUGUUUACAAAAGUCAAGUUUUCAGUUAUCCAGAUGAUUUUUUGGCUCCUGAUCUUGCUGUGCUUUUCCUUAUGGGCAUUGUGGAAGUGCCUCGAUUGUACUUGGGUUUCAAGGGUAACCUGACAGAAGCAGAGGCGCCGCUGGGGCUGAGCCUGGGGCUCACGGUGGGCAGCGUGCUGCUGUGUGUGUACCUGCUGCUGUGGCAGACCUACGUGCUGUGGGCAGACGUGCUCCUCAACGCCGUGCUGCUCUCGGCCUACGGGCUCGAGUCGGGGCUCAAGGUCACGGCCAUCGCUGCCUUUGUCAGCUGAGCCCGGCCCUUCCCACGCGCCUGCCACACAUUCCUUCCCUGAGAGUGGGGCUUCACUUCCACUGCUGAAUUCCUGUGUGUAUAAAAACCCUGUAAAGCUUCUCUCUGUUUAAAUGAGAAGUUUUGGGGGCACAGAUGUCCCGCCCAGGAGCUGUGUGAUGCUGUCCACCACUGCCUUAUUUAUGGGCAAAAGCAAGGGAUGAAUCACAGAACACUUAACAUUUUGGCAUUCACCAGGGGUCAGUACUGAAUACCCAUUCCCAACACAGCAUAGGAAGCAGUGCUGCUGGCAUGGUGGCAGUUUUCCUGGCACAGGAGCGACAUGCAGCCCAAGUGACACAGAAAUGAAUCAGGCCAGGGCUCACUUGUGCCUUGCCACGCACACGUCCGUGUUUGAGGGCACAGCUGCUCUGCUGCUCUCGUUUGUGUUUCCAGUCCUCAGUGGUAAUUUCCCUGACUUUAGUAGGGCAGAACCUGAUGUAUCCCAGUGGGGGAGAGUGGAACUGGGUUUUGUGCAUACCUGAGAGCCAAGCCACAAGGUUUGGCAGCCAGUUCUUACUACGUGAGGGGAUGUUUGGUUAGACAGGAUGGCUUUAAAAUGAACAAAACCAUUCACCAUUCAUUCUCCCUUCUGUGCUGUUUAAAAGUCCAACAGAAUGUUGGCAGUUUUAUUUCUAUUUGGUGUUAAAUGUGCUUAUUUCUACUAUUUUGCAAAAAUUACUAUAUUCAAGUCUGUCUUAACUUCUAACUGGUGCAAGUGCAGAGUUUUUUACUGUCUCAAAAAUAUGUGCUAAUGGAAAGCUUUGGGAGUUCCCGUUUUUUUGAAGAAGCCUAUUUUCUAUUCAGAAAUUCCUAUUUUUGUAUUUAUUUAUUCAUUCAAAUAAAUAAUGGUUUAGAUCUAA